GCCCCGGGAUGCUCCGGGUUUGCCGAAAACUCCGGGGGCCCUGGGAGUAGGGAGGAGCCGGGGAGGCGAAGCAGGAAACCCCGGAGGCUGCAGAGGGGCGGCGGCCACUCCUGCCCGGCCGCGCCGGCCCCUCAGGGCCCGCCCGACCGGGGGCGGAGCAGGCGGGCCGGCGCUGGGAGGAGCCGCGCGCACGGCCCGCGCCGUCCGCCGCCCGCCUCGGCUGCAUCCCGCAUGUAAACAGUCGCCGCGGGUUCGAGCCGCGAGAGCCGGUGUGGGGGAACCUGCGCCACCCCACGCCACGCCACACCGCGUGGCCAGCCCGGGAGGAGACGCCGAGAACCAGAGGCGGCUGGGCACGGCGGCGGCGGCGGACGCGAUGGAUUUCCAGCAGCUGGCGGACGCUGCGGAGAAAUGGUGCUCGCACACGCCCUUCGAGCUCAUCGCCACGGAGGACACCGAGCGCAGGAUGGAUUUCUACGCCGACCCCGGCGUCUCCUUCUAUGUGCUGUGCCCGGACAACGGCAGCGUCGACAAUUUCCACGUGUGGAGUGAGAGCGAGGACUGCCUGCCUUUCCUGCAGCUGGCGCAAGACUACAUCUCGUCCUGCGGCAAGAAGACGCUGCAUGAGGUCCUAGAGAAAGUCUUCACGUCCUUCAGACCUUUGCUGGGCCUCCCGGAUGCAGAUGACGAUGCGUUUGAGGAGUACAGCGCAGAUGUGGAAGAGGAGGAGCCGGAGGCGGACCACGCCCAGAUGGGUGUCAGUCAACAGUAACCUCCCAGGUCUCCCUUGGAGGAGAGAGGAGAGUGAGCCUGUGGUGCCCGAGGCAGGGUCGCGUGCACCUCGAAACUGGACGCCCAGUGCCCAGCAUCCAAAUGACAAUGAAAUACCUUCUUAAUGACCAGCAGAUGCCUGUGACGAGCUUUGCUCACAAGUGACCUGAGUCUCAGCCCUGCUGCAGAGGGGUUUCCAUGAGGCUGUCUUGGUCGCCUUUGCCAUCCUGAACUCUGAGUCCAUCGUGGCUGGCUGUCCUCUCUGGGGCUUGCUUUGGGAAAUCCACAUUUGCUGACUGGAAUGUAGGCAACUUUGGAGCGUAGGGUGACCACACGUGUGACAUUCCUGGGGAAAAGCAUGGCAGAGGGAGAUGCAGUCUGCACUUUGAGUGUACGUGUUCAGUGUCCGUAAGUGGAAGGUUUUGCUCAUAAAGCAUGAGUUUGAGUAUCUGAUCAUGAAACUGAAAAUACAAAGGCGGGAAAAAGAGAAUCGCUUAGCUUUGGACCAAGAAAGUAGAGGGGGCCUCAGAGAAGCCUUGUAGUGUUUUUGCCAUUGUUAAGUUCUCUGGGUGUGCAUGUGCCGAUGGUGCAUUAGUUUUAGGGAGCAACGCUGCUUGCUUGUUCAUUUG